AUGCAUAUAAAACAGAUUAUAAUUCAAGGCUUUAAAUCUUACAAAGAUCAAACUGUUAUUGAACCUUUUAGUCCAAGACAUAAUGUUGUUGUUGGAAGAAAUGGAUCUGGUAAAAGUAAUUUUUUUGCAGCUAUUCGAUUUGUAUUAAGUGAUUCAUAUACAACUUUGAGUCGUGAGGAGAAACAAGGAACUGGACUUGCUACAGCAUCAGCUUAUGUAGAAAUUAUAUUUGAUAAUAGUGAUAAUAGAUUUCCUACUGGUAAAGAUGAAGUGGUUUUACGUAGAACUGUCGGGACAAAGAAAGAUGAAUAUUCACUAGAUAAAAAAAGUGCAACGAAAGCUGACGUGAUGAAUUUAUUAGAAAGUGCAGGUUUCUCACGUUCAAAUCCCUAUUACAUUGUGCCACAAGGAAGAAUAAUGGCUUUGACGAAUGCAAAGGAUCUUGAACGUUUAAAAUUAUUAAAAGAAGUUGCUGGCACAAGAGUAUAUGAACAACGUAGAGAAGAAAGUGUUAAAAUACUUGAAGAGACAGAUUCUAAAAGAACAAAAAUUGAAGAACUUUUACAUUAUAUUGAGGACCGCUUGGCUGAAUUGGAAGAAGAAAAAGAAGAAUUAAAAGUUUAUCAAGAUAAGGAUCGUGAAAGAAGAUGCUUGGAAUACGCAAUAUUUCAUAAGGAACAAACUGAAUUGAUAGAACAAUUGACAAAGAUGGAUCAAACAAGAGAGCAUAAAGUUCAUAAUUCAAAUCAACAAAAUAAAGAUUAUAAUGUUUAUGCACAAGCAAUCACUAAUAUUGAACAUGAAAUUUCUCAACUUCAAGAAUCAAUUGAUCUUUUAAAAGUGGAAAAGCGUGAGCUUGACGAAGAUUUACAAGAUAAAAUUAAAUCAAAUGCUCAAAUAGAAUUAACUAUAAAAGAUAUGGAAGAUACAUCAAGGCAAAAUAAAGAUUCAAAGAAAAAAAGAGAAACGGAAUUAAAGACAGUUGAAAAUAGUAUACGACAAAAAGAACUAGAUUUAGCAAACAUAAUUCCAAUAUAUGAAAAUGAAUUGGCUCAAGAGGCUGCAUUGAGAGAAAGAUUAAAUGAAACAGAGAUGCGACGUCAAGCUCUUUAUGCAAAACAAGGAAGAAGCACACAAUUCCAAACACGUGCUCAUAGAGAUGCUUGGUUGCAGAGUGAAAUACAAGAGAUUGAUAAAACAAUGGAUGCACAGCGACAACAGGAAGUAGAUCUAGAAUCGCAAAUAAAUGAUUUAACAGAAAGUAUAAAUAGAGUAACGAAUGAAAUUCAAAUAGCCCGAAAUAAAUUAGAACAAAGAAAACGUAUCAUUGAAGAAAUGAAUCGUGGUUAUAUUGAAAAAAAAGCCGAAAGAGAUAGACUUACUGACAAAAGAAAGGAGCUUUGGAGGGAGGAUUCUCAAUUAGAUACAAAACUUGUUAAUGCACGUGAUCAAUGGAAAACUAAUGAAAGGAGUUUGGCUAGUUCUAUGGACAAAAAAACUAAUAAUGGAUUAAAUGCCGUGAAACGGAUUGCUGAGCAAUACCAAAUAAAAGGCGUUCACGGACCUCUUUAUGAAUUAUUUGAUUGUAAUGAUUCAGAGUAUUGGACAGCUGUUGAAGUCACUGCUGGACAAAGCUUAUUCCAUGUAGUUGUUGAUAAUGAUGAAAUAGCCACAAAAAUUCUUGAUUAUUUAAAUCGCGAACAAAAUGGGCGAGUUACAUUUGUGCCUUUGAAUCGAUUAAAAUCAAGAAAUUUUGAAUAUCCAAAUACAAAUGAAAUUUUACCUAUGAUAGAUAUUCUUAAAUAUAAUGAAAAAUACGCUAAAUCCAUUGAACAGGUUUUUGGAAGAACAAUAAUAUGUGAUAGUUUAGAUAUCGCUUCUUCAAUAUCAAGAAGUCAUGACUUGAACGGCAUAACUUUAGAUGCAUUAGCAGGUGGUUAUCAUGAUGUGCGUCGAAGAAGAUUAGCAGCUUCAGCAAAUUUAAAAAAAUGGAGAAUAGAAUAUUUAGAAUUAGAUAAAAGAUCUAAAACUGUAAAAAAAGAAAUAUCUAAUAUCCUUUUUAAAAACCCCUAUCAUUUACAUUUAGACGAACAAAUUAAUCAAAUAUUAAGAGAUAUGCAAUUUAUUGAGGCUAAACAAAAACAAGCUCUAGAUAGUCGUGAUCCUUUACUGUUUGAAAUCAAUUCAAAGACUAAAGAGGAAGAAAGUUUGAAAAUGUCAUUAGCUAGCAAGAAAAAAUCUUUAUUAAGUAUUCAAAGUAGCAUUAAAAUGUUAAAUGCUCAAAAACAAGCUCAUGUGACAGAGAUGAGUACAGAGCUUACACAGAACCUAACAGCACAAGAACAACAAUCUUUAGAACGACUUAAUUCGGAUAUUGAACUGAUGCAAGAUAAUUUAUCAAAAUUAUUAACAUCAAGAUCUGAGCUUGAGGCGAGCAAAAAUAUUAUAGAGAAUGAAUUGAAUGCAAAUUUAAAAAGGCGACGUGAAGAACUUGUGAUGCAAAUAGAAAGUUUAAGCACCGCUGAUGAUGACCAACUACAUUCAAUUAAGGAAGGUUUAAUGAAAUUAAUUCGUGAAAUGAAGAGACGUUCGCAAGAAAUCGAAGAAGAAAUACAAAGGCUUAAUAAAAAAUUCAAUUUAAAAAAGACUGAAUCGGAAACAUUAAAGUCUGAACAAGCAGAACGACAGCAACAAUUGGAGAGGCAUCAAAAAGAUGUUGAUAAAUUUUUAUCAAAAAGAAAAUUAUUGUUACAAAAAAAAGAUGAAUGCACAAAAAAUAUUCGUGAACUUGGUGCAUUACCAGAAGAGGCAUUCGAGGCUUAUGUAAAUGAAGAAUCUGCUAGUCUUCUUACUAAAUUGCAUAUGGUAAAUGAUGGUUUAAAAAAAUACAGUCACGUUAACAAAAAAGCUUUUGAACAGUAUAAUAAUUUUACCAAGCAACGUGAUACUCUUAUGAAAAGAAAAGAAGAAUUAGAUCAAUCAAAAAAUUCGAUAAAUGGGUUAAUACAGGUUUUAGAUCAACGUAAAGAUGAAGCGAUUGAACGUACGUUCAAACAAGUUGCUAAAUACUUUUCUGAAGUAUUUGAAAAAUUGGUUCCUGCAGGUCGGGGACAAUUAAUUAUGUUAAGAAAGAUUGAUAGGGGAAAAGAGGUAGAUGAUGUUGACGAUGAAAAUAAUGAAACAAGUAAUAGUUCAGUAGAUAAUUAUAGUGGAGUUGCUAUUAAUGUUUCUUUUAACAGUAAGACUGAUGAAGGUCUUCGAAUGCAACAAUUAUCUGGAGGACAAAAAUCUUUAGUGGCAUUGACUCUUAUCUUUGCUAUCCAACAAUGUGAUCCUGCUCCCUUCUAUUUGUUUGAUGAAAUUGAUGCUGCACUUGAUGCUCAAUAUCGAACUGCUAUUGCAUCAAUGAUUCAUGAAUUAUGUGACAAAGCUCAAUUUAUCACAACUACUUUUCGUCCAGAAAUGUUAGCAAAUGCUGAUAAAUUUUAUGGUGUAACUUUUCAAAAUAAAGUUUCAAGUGUUAGUGAAAUAAGUAAAGAUGAUGCACUUAAAUUUAUUACACAGGAACAACCACGAUAA